AUGACCUUUUCAAAACAAGUCGGUCUCCAUCUCCAUCUCAUCUUCUUCAUUUUCCUUCUCCUAAACCCCUCAGAAGCAAAACGUUGCUACAGUUCCUCAUGUGGAGGAGGCACAAACGUCGACGUUCGUUUCCCUUUCUGGCUAUUCCCCAAACACUCUUCUUCCUGUGGCCACGAUGGAUUCAACCUCCUAUGCACCGAUCGCCACGAGACAGCCUUAAAGCUCCCAAAUUCCGGACUAUUUAUCGUCGGAGAGAUUGACUAUGAAAAACAGAGAAUUCGACUCAACGACCCAAACAAUUGCUUAGCCAGACGAGUUCUUAGCUUCGACGCCACGGAAUCUCCUUUUUCUCCUCUCCACCUUCUCAACUACACCAUCUUGAGCUGUCCUAAAGAUGACAUCAAACCUUCCUCUCCUUACAAACUCAUUCAUUGCCUUGGUAAUUCCACGUCCUCCUUCUUCGCCGCUCGCUCUGAUCUCGCGAGUUCGAUGCCUUCCUCUUGUCAAAUCUUCAAGACAUUACUUCUUCCUGUUUCUUCACCGCUCCCCGUUGACCUCAAUGAUCAAGAAGACCUCUGGCUCAAAUGGGACUCGCCCAAUUGCGGAGAUUGUGAGAGUAAUCGUUCUUUAUGUGGUUUCAAAAAUAAGACCACUCUCGAAAUCAAAUGCUGCAAAUCCUUAAAAUCUGGACUCUACAACUUCAUCGUACUAGUACUAAAGUUAAUCUGCCUCUUCCUGAUCGCACUACUCGUCGCAAUAGCCACUUUUGUGGCAUAUGUCACGUUCAGUGCCGAGAGGCUCCCCACCCAGAUACGAAGACACGUGUCACGGCUUUUCGCUCGCAAACCGCGUAGUGGUCGAGCAAAGUCAGCGAUCGUUGGAUUGUACAAGAAAGUGGUGUUAGAGAGAAAUAUGAAGCUCCCGGGGAGAAAUGAUGCUAUAUGUCCAAUUUGUUUAUCGGAAUAUGCGAGCAACGAGACCAUUGGGUGCUUACUCGGAUGUGAACACUGCUUCCACGUCGAAUGUAUCGACACGUGGCUCCAUUUGCAUAGUUCUUGUCCGAUUUGUCGAAACCAAGUCUCACCAAAACCCAACUUUUGUUACUAA